GCCGCCUCCGCAGCCUGCGCCGCCGCGAUGGCGGAGGACAGCGAGUCUGCGGCCAGUCAGCAGAGCCUGGAGCUGGACGACCAGGACACUUGCGGCAUAGACGGGGACAAUGAGGAGGAGACCGAGCACGCCAAAGGAAGUCCUGGAGGGGAUCUGGGAGCGAAAAAGAAAAAGAAGAAGCAGAAGAGAAAAAAGGAAAAGCCCAACUCGGGAGGCGCCAAGUCUGAUUCUGCAUCUGAUUCCCAGGAGAUUAAAAUCCAGCAGUCUUCAAAACACAACACCAUCUGGCCUCAGAUCUCAACAGGAGCAGCCACGGGUGGUGAUACUAUGGAAGGUGAAUGGAUAGAUUUAAGAAUGUAUCAUAAGAGCCCCUCCAUCCCCAUUCAGAAGCUUCAGGAUAUCCAGAGAGCAAUGGAGCUGCUGUCCGUGUGCCAGAUCCCAGCCAGGAACAUUGAUGAGGCCACCAAGCACAGAUACCAGUUCUGGGACACACAGCCGGUACCUAAACUGAAUGAAGUCAUAACAUCUCAUGGUGCAAUUGAACCAGACAAAGACAAUGUACGCCAGGAACCAUAUUCUUUGCCACAAGGUUUUAUGUGGGAUACUUUAGACUUGAGUGAUGCCGGAGUGCUCAAGGAGCUGUACACACUGUUAAAUGAGAAUUACGUGGAAGACGAUGACAACAUGUUCCGCUUUGACUACUCGCCCGAGUUCCUGCUGUGGGCUCUGCGCCCCCCAGGCUGGCUCCUGCAGUGGCACUGUGGUGUCCGAGUGUCUUCAAAUAGAAAGCUAGUAGGUUUUAUUAGUGCCAUCCCAGCAAACAUCCGAAUUUAUGACUGUGUGAAGAAGAUGGUAGAAAUCAACUUCCUUUGUGUUCAUAAAAAACUGAGAUCAAAGCGAGUAGCCCCAGUGUUAAUUCGAGAAAUCACUAGAAGAGUGAACUUGAAAGGAAUCUUUCAGGCUGUGUAUACUGCUGGAGUGGUUCUUCCUAAGCCUGUGGCCACAUGCAGAUACUGGCAUCGAUCUCUAAACCCAAGAAAAUUGGUAGAAGUGAAAUUUUCUCACUUGAGUAGAAAUAUGACCUUACAGAGAACAAUGAAGCUUUACAGACUUCCAGAUGUUACAAAGACCUCAGGUUUGAGAGCAAUGGAACCAAAAGAUGUCAAAGCAGUUCAAGAACUGAUCAACAGUUACUUGAAGAAGUUUCACCUAGCUCCUGUGAUGGAUGAAGAGGAAGUAGCUCAUUGGUUCCUCCCUCGGGAACACAUUAUUGACACCUUUGUAGUGGAGAGUUCCAGUGGGAAGCUGACAGACUUCCUGAGCUUCUAUGCGCUCCCCUCCACAGUCAUGCACCACCCUGCCCACAAGAGCCUCAAGGCGGCCUACUCCUUCUACAACAUUCACACAGAGACACCCCUGCUGGACCUCAUGAAUGAUGCCCUCAUCAUAGCCAAGUUGAAAGGAUUUGAUGUAUUCAAUGCACUAGAUUUGAUGGAAAACAAGACAUUCUUAGAAAAACUGAAGUUUGGCAUAGGAGAUGGGAAUCUGCAGUAUUAUUUGUACAAUUGGAGAUGUCCAGGGACAGAUUCCGAAAAGGUUGGACUUGUACUACAGUAGAUGGAUGGAUAUGUCAAUUUCCAGAACUUUGAUAUUCUUGGUUGUUAAUGAUUAUUUAAUUAUUCCUGGAACUGCCAUUCCAAAGAAUACAAGCACAAAGUCAGGUGAAAAUGAAGUUGUUGCUAACAAUCAGAAAAGAGAGAACACCUUGUGACCAGAAAGACACAUUUCUAGUUAGAAUGUUAAAAUUCAUCCCUUUUCGGGAGUGUACCUACUUGUGGGAAGGAUGGAAGGGACUAGAGCAUUUCUCCACUACCUAGAAAUGACCUAAACCUAAACAGGGGGAAACCACUGCAUUCUUGUUCAUUAAGUGGUGGUAUGUUUGUUUAACAUGACACAGGACCCACCAGGGCUGUCACCUCACAUGAUGCCACUGGGAAUGUUUAUGGAUCAACAGUGGUGGUAUUUGUAUGGAGCAAUAUGAAAACGUGGCAGUGACCGGUACUCACCACUCCUGAAGUAAAGUUACCAGAUCAGUAAACAGAUCUAUGCUUUCAUCUUCAGCGGGGCAGGGCAUUGCUUAAGAAGCAAUUUGGGCAAAUAUUAAUACACUCUUAGCAGCACAGCCCGCAUUACUGAUCAGACUUGCUGCUGUGCAAUCUCAAUUCUUCUCAGCAAUGCCAAGUGUAUGUGAAGUAAAGGAAAUUAAGUCUAAGGUCAAAUUAAAUGCCCAGUGGAAUUUAGUGCCAUCAGGACAUGGAAAGUUUGAAUGUUUUUAUUACUUAUGCAAAAUUGCACAUAUUCCUUUAUGCUGACUUUAAUUUAUCAUGAAUAUUGUCAUGCUAAUGGAAAUGUCUUACUUGUAAAUAAGUAUUCAUAAUUUUGUUACUGAUAUUGUUUUUACCUAGAAGUUGGAAAAAAUUUCACAUUAUAUAUAUGGGUGUAUAGACUGCCAAUAAUCCAAGGAAAAAACAGAUGCUAAAUGAGGCCAUUAAAACCUUGACUCAGAUAACAUAGAUACUACUUCCUGCCUUUGCUAUACCAGUGCCUCAGCUCAGCCCCAAAAGCUACUUGCAGACAACAUGGCAUUUCCUUCAUGUACAUACUGCAGCAAAACCAAUCAUAACAUAUAGCAGAGAGGGACCACCAAGUGUGACCCAUGGGCUAAGUUUCGCCUGUACAGUAUGGCCCACAAGCUGAACGUGAUUAUUAUUUUGAAUGGUUGGGGGAAAAUAGUCCAAAGAAUGACAUCUUGUGACACAUUAAAUUCACACGUUCUGUUGGAACAUGGUCAUAUUUUCAUUCAGGUAUUGCCUGUGGCUGCUUCACUCCAGUUGAAUGGUGACAGAUUUAGGCUGUGUUGCCUACAAACCUCAAAUAUUUAAUGUCUGGCCUCUUUAAGAAUUAGUGAACCCCCAAAGGGGUUAAAGCCACAACUUUGCAUCUCUGAUACUCCCACUAGAGGGGUCAUAUGAGCGCUACUGUAGUGCAUAAUUGGGAUCAGCACUUUCCUAAAGUCAUGGCAGAUCCUAUCAGACAGUUCAAACCCAAUUGCAUUACAUUCUGAACAGGAGAAAGCCUUCAAGAAACAACUGCCUAUUCAUUGAAACAUUGUUUUCAGAGAUGAGCAUUAAGUCAGCAAGAGUUCACUUAAUCCAGUCAUAGCUCUGGUUAGGAAUUUUCUCAUUCAUUUUUACAGCAACAGGUCAUAAUACAAAUUAGGUUUUCAAAUAAAAAUUACAAUAAAAAAUUUCUCGUCAUGUGCUUAUCCCAUGAGGAAAUAGUUACAGUGUUCCUUUAGAGAUUAAUUUACUGGCUGAACAUGGUGGCGCACGCCUUUAAUUCCAGCACUGGGGAGGCAGAGGUAGGAGGAUUGCUGUGAGUUCAAGGCCAGCCUGAGACUACAUAGUGAAUCCCAGGUUAGCCUGGGCUGGAGCAAGACCCUACCUCAAAAAAAAAGAAGAAAAAAAAAGAUUCGUUUACUGCAUAUUCCAGUGGUCAUAGAGUUAUGUUUUACUUCAUAAUUAAAAUACAGUACUAACUGCAUUUUUAUAAUUUAAGCACAUUACCAAUGUAUAUUUUAAAUGCAGAAAAUAGCACUGAGCUAGCUAGCCCCACUGCAUACUUUGGAUAUAUGUUGAAUUUUGUAACAUGUUAAAUUUUGCAAGGAUGUUAACUGCAUACAGGAAGUAAAUUCUUACUAUUGGGUUUUUUCUGUCCAGUCAACUCUUUCUUCUAAGCCAAAAGCCAAGUUGAUAUGAAAAAGAAAAAAAAAAAGACCUCUUGCAUCUGAAGACGAUGUAUUGCUUGGCAUUUAAUAUCACUCCUCUAUAGCUGAUGAUGCUUCUCCAGUUUAUUUCAUCUUCUGUACUUAACAGAACUGUGUCUAUGGCCCAUUUUCUAAGUUUGAUAGAAAAAUGUUAAGUGUCGUAAGAUACAGAUGUAGCUAACAAGCAUUGUACCAGCCUUUUAAACAGUGAAUUUAUACAAGCAUGGACAUUAGACUCAAUAAACUUUUGUUUUGAUAUUGA